AUGGUGCGCGUGAACGUGAUCGAAGUGAAGCCGGCGGCCGUCUGCCUGAACAACGCCACCGUGGGUGUCACCUUGAAGAAUAGCAACGUUCUGAAGGGUGAGGCGGCGGCGCGGGCGGCGGCGGACGACGCGGGCCGCCUGCCUCAGCGACGCCACUCUCGACGCCUGGCGUCGACGCGGGGUCUCCGCCGCCCGGCGCCGCAGCCCCCCGGCGCUGUCAACGGCGUGCCUCACGGCGCCCCUUGCACCAACCCCCUGCCCCCCGUGGUCAACAGCGGGGGCUCCCCGCCCGCUCCGGUUCCCCGCACUCCCGCCCCCGCGCCGCCCGCCAAGCAGCUGGCGCCGCGCCCUACAUGGCAGGUUGGCGCGCCGUCGCCGCCUCAUCGGCCACCGUCGUCGGCGUCGCCGUCUCCCGCGCCGUCGGCGUCGCCGCUGCCGUCGCCCUCGCCGUCUCCGUCGCUGUCUGUGACGAUGUCGCCCUCGCCGUCGCUGUCGCUGGCGACGCCGUCCCCCUCGCUGGCGUCGUCGUCGUCGGCGCCGCAGCCGUGCGGCUGGGUGCGCGUGUUCGUGGGCGGGGAGGCGGAGGGCGAGGCGUCGGCGGCGGCGGCGGGGCCGGGCGCGGGGCCGGGGGCCGCCGAGGAGAGAGGCACCCUCGUCUACCUCACCGCCACCUCCACCGUGCGCGACGUCUGCCGCGACUUGUUGCUCUCCGACGACCUCACGCUCUGGGUGCAGAAAUAUAUUUUGAGAAAUAUUUAA